GCGAUCGGCGGGCAAACGUUUCAUUUCACGCAUUGACAUGAAAUUUCCCACGGACACUUUUCAUACUUUUGUAUUUCCACGCCACAGAUGGUGACAAGGGGCUAACGUAAAGACGUACGCCUGUGCGAACGAAGAGUGAGGACUACACGAGGGAUUGUCCAACGAGAGUAAAUGAGAGGUAAAGGGAAAGAAGGGCCCGCUGUCGUAGCCGGAGAGCUUCGGGGAAAAGUGGGUAGCGCCGCCUGACGGACCGCCAGACGAACCGGGGAGCCGCUGUCAGGAAACCGCGGUGCCGAGAAACAGGUGUGCUUACACUCGCCUUCUGGAUGGCAAAAAUAGUCUUCAUUCAUUGGACACAGCACUGGAGUUUCAAAACCCGAUCACCUGUCACACAUCAUCUUCCAUGAUUGACACUUGCAACCAACAUAAGACACACUUUAAUACACACAAACGCAGCGAGUAGCAGCAUGGCAGAGCAGCAGCAACAGGAGGAGGCAGAGGGUGUGUAUGUGGAGCACCAGUAUAUGUGCAGUGAGUGCCACCAGCUCUUCAACACCCUCGAGGAAGUACUGAUCCACCAGCAGAUCCACACUGGCCAAGAGGGAGAUGGAGAAGGGGAGAUCAUGGCCAUCCAGAGCAUCUCAGACAUGGAGCACACUCAGCAGUAUCAGUGUCUGGAGUGUGGGGCCCUCCUUGUAAACCCAGAGGAACUGCUGCAGCACCAGGAGAUGCACAUGAGAGAGGCGGGGAUGGAGGUGGAGCAGCAGGAGCUGUGUGAGAUUCUGGAGACAGAGGUAGGGUCAGACGGACAGGUCCCGGGACCCGUUCAGUACCAGUGUCUGGACUGUCUGGCUCUUUUUGACUCCCCUGACUCGUGGCUGGAGCACCGGCGGACCCACAGCAGGAGCAGCACACACAGUACCACAGACACAGUGGAGUAUGUGCUACAGCCUGAUGGCACUGUCACUCCGCUCAACACUGUACAGAACUACGUGCUGAGCGAGCAGCAGGCUGGGGAGAUCUUGGCACAGGUUCUUGCUCAGCAGCAGCAGCAGCAGCAGACGCAGCAACAACACAGGAAACGUCAGUCUGUGUCCAAACAGGCUGCACACUCUCGUUCCGCCCUGAUGCCUCCGGUGACAGCGACCCCCGGCUCCGCCACCAUGCACCUGCAGAUUCUCACAGCUCAAGCUCUGGCGGACAACUCCACCAGCCCCAGCCAGCGCCGCUCCAAGCUGCCCCCCCUGUUGCCCGCUGUGGGCCGAAGCUCCUCUGGAAAGCUGGGGGUGCUGGAGAACGGCGUCCAGAGACUGGAGUUAAGGCUGGCCCCCGGGGUCCAGGAUGGCACCCAGCAGCAGCAGCAGCAGCCAACGGAGGUGGUGGUCAUCCACCCUUAUGAGUGCUCAGAGUGCUCCCUCCUCUUCCAGACCCCUGAGGACUUCCUCCAGCACCAGGGAGAGCACUUCCUGGGGCAGGACAAAGAGAGCGGGGAGCCAGGCGUCAUGAGUGGCUUCGAGGAGGUGCGAGGGAGGGAAGAGACUGCAGAGAAGGUGGAGGACAUCAGGAUCAGAGUGGCGGAGAAGAAGGCGGCGGCAGCAGCGGUCUGGGUCAAGCCUCAACAAUGUGACCUCUGCAGCCGCACCUUCACCUCCGUUAACCGGCUGGCUGCCCACAAGCGUGUGCACGAGCAGGGCACGCACGAAUGUCCAGAGUGUGGAAAGGUGUUCAAGAAGGCGACGUCAAUGCAAACGCACAUGCGCACACACUCGGGCGUGGCCAGGUACCUGUGUGUGGACUGUGGCAAUGGCUUCACCACUGAGAUGACUCUCAUCGUGCACAGGAAGUCCCACACUGCAGAUCCCCUUCACAAGUGUCAGUUCUGCAACAAAACCUUCACCAACAUGACCAAGUACCUCUACCACCGUAGAACCCACCUCAACCGUGACUCAUCUGGCACACCCGCCCCUGUCUCCAUGGUCUCAGCUCCAAUAAGAGCAUCUCUCUCUGCUCUUGCCGUCAUACAGAGAGCAAGAGAGAAGAAUUCUCACACUGAAAUGGCGAAGAUGAACCUGAUGGCCCCUCUCACGGAGGAUGAGAUGGAAAAAUUGGGGGAAGAUUCGAUACAAAGUUCUCAGAGCAAAGAGGAAGGAGGUGAGGAGGAGAAGCAGGGAGAGGACAACAGCAUGGAGGUGUCUGCCCCAUCUGAAGGCAGCACCAGCGAACCCCAGCAGGAGGAGGAUUCCUCCAAGUCUGGCUUAGGUACAAACCCUGCUCCCCCGGGUGAUGCUGGUGGAGGAGCUGAAGCUGCGUCAUCAGACAAAGGAUCUUUUUCUUGUCGUUCAUGCUCCAAAACCUUUCCCUCCCAGCUGCAGCUUGUUCACCAUCGACGCAAGUCCCAUGUCCCUGAGCGCAGCUUUGUUUGUGGCAUCUGCGGCAAGUCUUUCAAGAAGCAGAUCCACGUGCGAAACCACAUACGCACUCACACCGGCGAGCGGCCCUUCCAGUGUUCUGACUGCGGCAAAACCUUCUCGUCUCUCGCCAAUCUGAUGAGACACAAUCUCAUCCACUCCGGCGUGCGACCGUACCGCUGUGACGUCUGCCACCGCACGUUCUCACAGUCCUCCAACCUCCGUCAGCACAGCCUGCUCCAUUCCAACGCUGCCACACUCUGCUGCCCAGACUGCCCCGCCACCUUCCGCUGGCCCACCAAGCUGGCAGCGCAUCGCUACACGCAACAUCCCGGGGCUCCGGCGCCUUUCCCAUGUCCCCACUGUGAGGCUGGCUUCCUGACCAGGAGGCAACGAGACAACCACUGUCUGGAGCAGCACCCCACUCUGGUGCAGGCUGCUGGUCCCGGGACCGAAGUGGGUAAACACACGGACAACCAAGCAGAGUUGGGCAAAAAUCUGACCUCUGAGCCCUCCACCUCAAACACAGCAGAGACCAAAUCAGGGGAUUCGACCAGUGUUGUGCGUGGGGUUCUAGACUGUAACAUUUGUGGAAAGAAGCUUAACUCUCCCGCCAACCUGCGGCUUCACAGACUGAGCCACUUCGCCCUCGGCCCCGGGAGGCCGAUGUGCACCACCGGGAAGCGGCCCAAAGCCCACCAGUGUCCCAUCUGUGGCAAACUGUUUGUGUCUUCCUCCGGAGUUGCACUUCACCAGCGAGUCCACACCGGUGAGCGCCCUUUUCCCUGCCAAGUGUGCGGCAAGCGCUUCCGUCAGAACACACACCUGCGAGAGCACCUGCGCACACACUCGGGUGAACGGCCUUUUCGCUGCGAAGUGUGCGGGAAGGGCUUCAUCCAGAGCAUGCACCUGGCCGAACACCGGCGGACACACACAGGCGAACGGCCUCAUGUUUGUCCACAGUGUGGCAAAGCCUUCAAGACGUUCUCCAACCUGAGGAACCACAAAAAGACGCACGCCAGGCAGCAGAGGCUGGACGAAGAGGCUGCUGUCCAAGCUGCAAUAGAGACGAGCUCUGCUGUGGCGGUGGUGGACGCCUCGGCGGUGGAACUGGCUAACGGGCAGCCUCAACUCAUCCAGAUCCAAACCUCAGAUCUUCAACAGACGCAGGGCCAUCCUACCAUCAUGUGUAAUGAGUUUGGGGAGACGAUCGCCAUCAUUGAGACCAGCGAGGGAGGAGCGCUGCCUCUGGAGCAGGCCCUGGAGAUCUAUCACACAGCUUUGGAGAACGGUCUCGCCAUGGACACAGUCGCUGUGGACGGACUGCAGCUCCUCUGAGGACAAACAAAUAAUUUAUUCUGCCGGAUUGUUGAGCUAACUAGAGACUAACUGACUACUGAGAGGUUGAGGGUUAAGUAACUGGACAGAAAUGCUGUAAAAUGUCAAAAUUUAUAUAAAGUUUAGCAACCAGACCAAAGUAAUAAAUCUUACUUCUAUUACAAAGCUGUGAGAGGGAUCAGUAUUGAAGUUUGUUGACAUAAUGAAGAAUAACAUUAAGGAUAUGGCAUUCAUUAUGAAUACGGACCAUUGGUUGUGCCUCAGAUGACGUGUUUGGUUUAUUUUAUCAUUUAUAUGAAAUGGAUGUGAUUUUUCCUGUUUAAAAGUGUGGUCGUGCUGUUGAAAAAAGCUGGAAUCAAUAAAUGUUUUUUCAAGGUGAUAAA